AACGUGUGGCAAUACGAAGCUGGCUCCUCCACUGCCUGUCACGAUGCCUGCUUUACUGGAGAGACCAAAACUGUCCAAUGCGAUGGCCAGAGCCCUGCAUAAGCAUAUCAUGAAAGAGAGAGAGAGAAAAAGACAAGAGGAGGAAGAAGUCGAUAAGAUGAUGGAACAGAAAAUGAAAGAAGAGGAGGAGAGGAAACGAACUAAAGAAAUAGAGGAGCGAAUGUCUUUGGAAGAGACUAAAGAACAGGUUCAAAAAAUGGGUGAGAAAUUGCAGGUUUUGCAAGAGGAGAAACAUCAGCUCUUCUUACAGCUUAAAAAAGUCCUUCAUGAGGAGGAAAGGCGUCGCAGAAAGGAGCAAAGUGAUAUUACAUCACUGCCUUCAUCCAGUUAUCAGUCCAGCUUACCUCUGCACUCAGGACAGCAUCUACUCAACAUACAAGGAAGUCCAGUGGGUCACAAUAGAGCCGGUGGUUUGUUAGGGGAGCGCAGUAAACAGUUGUUUCAGACACCUCUGAUGCCUGGCCAUCAAUUCUCCAGUCAGCCAGGUUUCCUCACUGGUUCCUCUGAGCAUGGGCAGUUCUCAGGUAGCGCUGCAGUCCAUGAGCCAUUUGCAGUCACCCAGGCCCAGCACCACACCUCUUAUGGGCAUGCUACUUCUGUGCCCAUCAGCUUUGCUGGCACCACCCAGAUCAGAGGCACACCUUUCCAGAGCAUGCCAUUCCUGUCCCACCAGCCUCAGGGUUAUGCUGUCCACAGCCAUUUCACUGCCCAGCCAGGAUUCAUCCCUAGUGCUAGUAUCCCCCUUCAGAAACAGCUUGAACAUGCUAAUCAGCAGUCUGGCUUUACUGACUCUGCUGCUCUUAGACCCAUGCAUUCACAGGGUUUACAUGUGAGUGCAGCUGGUCUGAUGUCCACUCCAUCCAUGGGUGUCCAGAUCUCUACUGCAAAGGCUCCAUUCCAGAGUUCAUCUCAGCCAGCAUCACGUCUCGCCUUCGUCCCUCACGCUCAGGCUGGACAGAGAUUCUUCCACCAUGGAAAACCACAUUAACUACUAAAAGUAUGACCAUGACAAGGUGCCAGGAUACAGAAAACUCUUUUGAAAACCCAGUCAAUUUGAAUUUGCUUUUUUAACAUUGUAAUAAAUGUCCCAUGCAGCAAAUAUAGUUAAAUCAUAAACAUUAUUGAUAUUAAGAAAUGUUUUACUCGCUAUGAAUCUAUGAAAUGAUUUGUCAUGGUUUGUUG